CAUGAUUCGAUUGUGCGAGUCGGACUCGGAUGCACUUGUAGUAAUUCUACCUCCAUUUCCCAUUCGCACACAAAAUACCGUUACAACGAAAACACAUUCUCGCGUAAACACCGCUCCCAGACAAAACACGCGCACUGACACACUCUCCGCCACUCUCUCUCUCAAAUCGAGCACACACUGUCACUUUCUCUCUUCCCUUCCCAUCUCUCGUUCCCAUACCAUCAAUCAUUUCCCUCUUCUCCCCUCCCACACCGACACACCAGCAUUCCCAUUCCCCAAACGCUGUCGUUUCCCAGAGUCUCUCAUCCUUCAAAUUCGUUUCACACAAAAGCGCUGUUAAAGCCGCCCUCGCCCUCCGCCACCGCCUCUCAGAUCCGCCUCCGCUCCUCGUCCUCAGCUGAACUUCUCGACGCCGAGCUGGAGCUCGAAACAACCAAAAUGAUCAAGCGCUCCGGGCGGCAGCCGCCGCCGGAGUCGCUUAAAGACAAGAUCUACAACCUCCGGGGAGCGUUUCUCAUGGUGGCGGUUCCGCUCCUCCUCGUCGCGCUCGUGCUCUACGCCAUGCCUUCCGCCUCCUCCAACGAGUCCAUCGAAGACUACGCCCUAACACACCGCAAGGCCGCCCCCGAUCGGAAAACCGCCUUCGCCGUCAUCUUCGACGCCGGAAGCUCCGGAAGCCGUGUCCACGUCUUUCGUUUCGACCAGAACUUGGAUCUCGUUCCCAUCGGGAAUGACCUCGAGCUUUUCGUUCAGAUUAAACCUGGUUUGAGUGCUUAUGCACAGAAUCCACAACAGGCUGCUGAAUCUUUGAUUACUCUAUUGGAUAAAGCUGAGAGUGUUGUUCCUCGGGAGUUUCGGCCGAAGACACCUGUUAGAGUUGGGGCAACUGCAGGGUUGAGGGCUUUGGAAGGGGAUGCUCCGGACAGGAUUUUGCAAGCGGUUCGGGAUUUGCUUAAGCAAAGAAGCACCCUAAAAUCUGAGUCCGAUUCAGUAAGAGUGCUGGAUGGAACACAAGAAGGUGCUUUUCAAUGGGUGACUAUCAACUAUCUACUGGGAAACCUAGGAAGAGAUUAUUCAGAGACAGUUGGGGUAGUUGAUCUUGGUGGUGGAUCUGUUCAGAUGGCAUAUGCCAUCUCAGAGACAGAUGCUGCUGGGGCUCCAACUGUAUCAGUUGGAGAGGACCAAUAUGUCAAGGAGAUGUUCCUUAGGGGAAGGAAAUAUUACCUCUAUGUUCACAGUUACUUGGGCUAUGGUUUACUAGCAGCUCGUGCGAAGAUUUUAAAGGUUUCGGAUGAUUUUGGAAACCCUUGCCUCUUAGAUGGCUUUAAUGGAUCUUACAACUAUGGAGGAAAGUCGUUUAAUGCUUCAUCCUAUCCUUCUGGUGCAAGCUUGAAUGAAUGCAAAAGCAUAGCUCUUAAGGCUCUCAAGGUUAACGAGUCAAAAUGCACACAUAUGAAGUGCACUUUUGGUGGGAUAUGGAAUGGUGGUGGGGGUGAUGGACAGAAAAAUCUUUUUGUUGCCUCAUUUUUCUUUGACCGCGCAGCUGAGGCUGGUUUUGCCGACCCAAACUCACCCGUUGUGAAGGUUCGUCCUGUGGAUUUCGAGGCUGCAUCUAAGCAAGCUUGUCGAACAAAGAUUGAAGAUGUCAAAUCCUUUUAUCCACUUGUUGAGGAAGGGAACCGUCCAUAUUUAUGCAUGGAUCUCUUGUACCAAUAUACAUUGCUUGUUGAAGGAUUCGGCCUAGAUCCAUGGCAACAGAUGACGUUAGUGAAGAAAGUUAAAUACCACGAUGCUCUUGUUGAAGCUGCAUGGCCCUUAGGCAGCGCCAUAGAAGCUGUAUCAUCUACAUAAUGACACGAGUGUGAUAAUUAUUUACUCACCUGAAAUCUUACGAGAUGAGUUGUCACAAGUUUCUUGAGGUGAAGUUGCCUCCAUUCAUGAUGAUCAGAAAUUGCUUAUCGGGUCAAAUUGAGAGUAGAUAAGGAGCUACAUUUCAUGAAUAACUAGAAGAUAGCUUCAUUAUUUUUCAUUUGUAAUUAUUUACUAUAUAUCUGAUUUACAGAUUUGGAAGACGGAUUCAAUUCAUUUUUGUUCGUCUAUUAUUUGUAGUCUUUUAGAGAUGAACAAAAGGUGAGGGUGGUAGCAUUGAUUUUUUAUUCAUUCCGGUGCUGUUUCUUA